AUCCAAAGUCCCACCCAAUUGCCAAUUUUUAUUGGCUCAAAGGUCAAUGUGGGUGGGCAGAAGUUUCCAGAAUCUCGUGUUGUGGUCUUUGACGGAAGAGCUUUUGAGGAGCUGAAACAAGAAGAAGAUAUACGCUCGACCACCCCAGCAGCAUCAGAGUUUGGUUAGUAACGGAAGAUGGACGGGAGUGUGACAGUCAUCACCAACCCCACCGUGUCCGUGCGCUUGACCAGCACCGUCAGCUCCUUCGAGGUGAACCGUAGAUUCAACCGAGGAAUCAUGAUCGCAGAGUUUAAGAGUAAACUGGAGCUGAUUGUGGGCACUCCAGCUGCCUUUAUGGACCUUGAGCUAUUUAGCACUUCAGACAAGUUCUUACAGAAGCUAGAUGACAAUGAAGCGCUGCUCGGCUCCUAUCCUGUGGAUGAUGACUGCAGAAUACAUGUGACAGACCGCAGUGGUACGCAAAGUGGGGAGUUCACUGAUUUGUCAAAGGUUGAGAAAUUUGAGAUCUCUGAUGAAGCCUAUGAAAAAAGGGCAGACUCAAUACGGAACUUCAAGAAGAAUAUGAAGUUAGGUCGAUUUAAUGAGGAAACCAGAGCCAAGCAAGAAGAGGCUCUUGCGAAGAAAGAAGAGGAAGAGAAGGCGGCCGCUGAAGCCAUUGUUGUUGGGAACCGCUGUAAAGUUCAAGUUCCUGGGCAACCUACCAAGAUUGGCACUGUUAUGUUUGUUGGUACAGCAGAUUUCAAACCAGGCUACUGGGUUGGUGUGAAAUAUGAUGAGCCGCUGGGGAAGAAUGAUGGCAGUGUGAAUGGGAGACGCUAUUUUGAGUGUGAGCCAAAAUAUGGAGCCUUUGUGAAGCCCCUCUCAGUAACAGUGGGAGACUUUCCUGAAGAGGACUAUGGUUUGGAUGAGAUGUAAGACUCACCUGAUGAGCAGUCAGAAGAAAGAUCCUCUUUCUUCUAGAGGUUUGACUCCAUGCAGUAAGACAUUGCUGCAGUAGAAGGUUUCUUGUCGUCAAUGCAGAUCAUUUUGUUUUAUGCUGGUCUGGAAGAGAUCAGUGAAAAUUGUAUCUUAAUUUCCUGCAGUCAAACUCGAGGAAUGAUCUUAAACAACAUCUGUGCCCUGGCGACUAGAUGUAACUAGUAAGGUAAAUGUGAAAACACCAGCCGAGGUCAGAGUAAAGAAAAGCAUUCGCUUGCAUGUUGAUUGUUCAUACAGUUGAGUUCUACAGCUAAUUUGAGCCUAGGCUGAAUCAUUUUACUUCAAUCAAAACCAACCAACCACAGCAGAAAAUGUUCUUCACGUUUUUGCAGUUCUAUAAAUGUCAUUUGUACUAAUGAAUUCCUCCUUUUCUGCAGCUGAUUACAUUCUAAUGCCUCAGAAUGGCUGUUUUAGGGUAU